AUGGAGAUUUUCAUCAACAGGGUGCGAAAGGAGGACUCGGCGAGAGGGAGAGGGAGGGACGAAGAACCUGUGUCCCAUGGAUCUAAGAAGAGGAAGAAGGGUGAUUCUGAUCGACGUGAAGAUUCUAACCUUGGGGCAGAGAAGACUCCCCGAUCUCACACCAUGAACAACCUGCAGGCGUCUGCUGCCAAAAACCCGUUUCAACUUAGAUUUUCAAGGUGGAUCAACGAUGACGGGGAUCAUGAUUCCCGGUCGGGUGUUGCGGGUCAGGAUCGCUACGAUGACCUGGGGGGGGAUGGGGAUCAUGGAGGGCAGGAUGAUGGCAUGGGGUCGGAUGACAUAGGUCGGAAUUGCAAUGACGACUUUGGCGGAGAUGGGGGUAGCAGUGAUGAUGACGACUUGUGGGAUCGUGAUAGUGAUGAAGACUUAGGUGGAGAUGGGGAUCGUGGGGAGCAGGGCCAUGGCAUGGGGUUGGAUGAUGCAGGUCAGGAUCCUGACCGAGAUUUGGGCGGAGAUGAGGAUAAUGAUGAGGAGGGUGAUGACAUGGAGGAUGAUGUAGAUGCCGAAGAAGGCCGCAGAUUUGACAAUGGGGUUAGGGAUGCUGACGACAACGAUUUCGACAACGAUGGAGUUGAUGACAUCGAACAGGAAACGCCUCCACAGCGCCCGCCGGAGGACCGCUACCAGGGAAGGCGCACUCGCUCGAGGUCGCAGGCUCAAGAUGCAUUGGAGGAAGGGGCGAGCGAGGAUGAUAGUGAUCAACCAUCAAGCUUCCAAGGCAUCAGAACGAGACGUCAGCGUCGCGAGGAUGCACAUCCUAAGUCGACUGAUGAAAGGUCGCGGACUACUCGCAAUCGACAGACUGCUGCAAACCCAGAAAACGCUAAACCCGUCGGCAAGAGGAAGGAUUAUCCGGUCCCGUUGACGAGCCCAUCCAAGCGCCCGCGGGUUGAAGCUUCCACUCAAUCAAAGUCAUCGAGUCACAAAAAAACUAGUCAAACCAGCAAGAGGGAAGCACCCCCUCCUCGGACUCCUAAGAGACAGAAACCUGCUGCGAAUGGAAGGAAGGAGGCUGUAACGCCAAAGAAGAGGGUUGCUGGACGGCGAUGA